UCUUUGCUGCUGCUUGUUUCUGAUAUUCAGUUUGAAAAAUUGCAUGCCUUGAUCUCUGAAUACUGAAACAUGGAAACUCUAAGCACCACUCUACCAUCCAAUGUGAGCAGCAGUCUACCAAUCAAUACGACGUCUCCAGGGAGUGAAGGACAUGGGUUGAAGUCCUUGGAGCUGUUCAUCAUGGUGAUCAUCAUCACCAUUAUCGUCGUAGGUAACCUUCUGGUCAUCAUCGCUAUCGCACGCACCUCCCAGCUGCAGACCACGACAAAUAUCUUCAUCAUGUCGCUGGCAUGUGCUGACCUCAUAAUGGGGGUGCUGGUAGUGCCACCGGGUGCCACGAUAGUCGUAACGGGGGAAUGGCAACUCAAUAAGACUUUGUGCGAGUUAUGGACAUCGGUUGAUGUGUUAUGCGUAACCGCCAGCAUAGAGACCCUUUGCAUCAUCGCGGUGGAUCGGUAUAUUGCAAUCACGCGGCCUCUGCGGUAUAAACUGCUUCUGAAUAAGUGCAGGGCUCGAAUUAUCGUUUGUGUCGUGUGGCUGGUCUCGGCUUUAAUCUCCUUCGUCCCCAUUAUGAAUCAGUACUAUCGUGCGGAGGGUGACGAGAAAGCACAAGAAUGUUACGAAGACCCCAAGUGCUGUGAUUUAGAAAUAAACAUGUACUUUGCUAUCAUUUCGUCAGUGGUUUCGUUCUACAUCCCACUACUUAUCAUGAUUUUCGUCUACGCACGUGUCUUUCUCAUUGCCACACGACAGGUGCAGCUCAUCGACAAGAACCGUUUGAGAUUCCAAAACGAGUGCAUGGGAAAUCAGGCACUGCCGACGCUCCACGGCAACAACAACUUGCCUUCGACAUGCAAUAACGUCGGCGGAACGUUGGCAAGGCGGAAAAGUUCGCGAAGGCGACCGUCGAAAUUAACCGUCGUCAAGGAGCACAAGGCCCUCAAGACGCUGGGCAUCAUAAUGGGCGUCUUCACACUCUGCUGGUUGCCUUUCUUCGUGGUGAACAUCAUUAAGGUCUUCAGUCGAAGCAUGCUGGACCUGAACGUUUUUCGUUUCUUAAACUGGUUAGGCUACAUCAACUCCGGCCUCAACCCAAUCAUCUACUGCCGAAGCCCAGAAUUUCGUGCGGCCUUCAAGAAUCUUCUUGGCUGUCCCUGGAUACCCUCUCUGAAAAUGAACUUCCUUUACAAGGGGCUUCGGACUCGAUGCCCCUGCUUCUUGGGGUCUGCAGAGCCAGGAAUGCCUGGAUCGUUCCAGAAGCCCCCCAUAUCGCAAGAGACACUGCCUGAGGACGGGAGCAGCCAGAGCAGCUACAGGAGCGAGGAGCCGUCACCGGGACAGCCACACUCCAACGGAAGCACCUUCUUCAGUGAAUUCUCCGAAGCCGAGGCAGAGUUCUGUAACCUACAGGGGCAGGAUGGCUGAAAGUCUGUAGCACGGCUGAAAGAAAAGGACGCUGAGGAAGAAGCAGGCAAAAGGACUGACCUACGUCACAGUUGGCUGGACUUCCCCAGCAGAGACCACAAGGGCCCAGCAAAACAUCCAUGAAGCCAUCAGGGGAGCCUGCUCCAAAAAUGAAAGACAAAAGAGUGCACAGAUAUAACCACAGAGAGAAAAGCACUGAGAGAAAUUCCUCACAAACAGCCCGUCUAUGGAGAGAACGACUGAACUGGUACUGCUCAUGGAGGAGUGUAGCACGGAGCGAUCUGAAACGGCUUACAUUCUAUCAAGCCGCAGAGUUCUGGCGCGAUCCACUUCAGCCCGGUUUGGUUCGGUUUGUUUGGCAAAAAGCGAAUCAGACUAGCAGUUUCAGUGCUAUGUUCUGAGAAUGGACUACUUCAAAUACACAGACACAAUAACUCUUAAUAGACUCUUUCAGCACAGUGUGUUUUUUUAAAUAUAAAAAGUUUAGAUUUUGUACAAUAUCCUAUACUAAAUUAUUAUUAUUUAUUUUACUCCCUACAUGUUAGCUGUGAAUGUGUAAAAUGCUUGCAACAUUAAUAUAUCCGUGUUGUACAGGUUAACACUUCCAGUCCAGCCAACUCAAUAUAUAAGCUACAAGAUUUCCCGCUCUAAAACCCAUCUCCACUCCUGAGAACGUUGAGAGCAUGUGGACGGCUUCACCAAUUUGAAUGGGAGCGUUCGAAUUUGGUUGCUGUGCAAUUGAGUGCAAAUUGUGUGUAAAAUUGAAAACAGACAACAAGAGGA